AGGUGCGUCAACCUGGUGACGGAAGCUGCCUCUUCCACAGCCUCACCUUCGGGCUGUACGGCAGAGGGACGGAUCGUCGCGCCGCGGAAGCAUUGCGAAGGGAGCUGGCGGAGUACAUCAUGCGGAAUCCUAAGAAGGAGAUCUCAGGCGACACCCUGGAGGAGUGGAUCCGGUGGGACGCCAACGCCUCCGUCCAAGCCUACGCCAGACGCAUGGCUGUGAGCGGCUGGGGUGGCGGCAUCGAGAUGGCGGCGUGCUCGCUGAUGAAGAGAGUGAACGUGCACGUCUACGAGAGGCGCGGCCGGAAGUAUGAGCGAAUCUCCUGCUUCGACAACCCCGCUCCCCAGAAGACCAUCCACGUCCUGUAUCAGGGAGGAGUGCACUACGACGCCCUCGUUCCGGCCUGCUGACCCAUGGGGGGCGUCGGCGCGCGCGAGGGCCGCGGUCGUCCGAGGCCGGCUUGUUGUCCCUUCUCACUGGAGGCCGUCCUCCCCCUGCGCACGUUUCGAGGAAUCGCCAGGAUCUCAGGGGCGUUGUGCUCUCAUCACGAAAUGUGGCCGUUCGGGGCCCCCGGGCUGCACAAAUUCGACCGCGCGAAUCCCGCCGCCGGCGUCGGCCUGGCGGCGGCGGGGAUGGACUCGGCGCGUCACGCGGUGGCCAACGUACUGCACCCAGGCUUAUCUCUUUGGCGCGCAGUCGGCAUUUCCUUCAGAAAA